GAUUAUGAACUUGCAGAGUGGGGACCUACUCAUUUAUUUUUUGAGUAUUUAGAGAUGAUCUUACAAUUUGGCUUUGUGACUAUAUUUGUGGCAGCAUUUCCUUUAGCACCCUUAUUUGCAUUGCUGAAUAACAUUCUGGAAAUUCGCCUGGAUGCAAGAAAAUUAGUUUGCUCUUAUAGAAGACCAGUUGGUGUUAGAGUGCAAAAUAUUGGCAUUUGGUAUCGUAUUCUGGACUCCAUUGGAAAGCUAGCUGUAUUAACAAAUGCCAUCAUAAUAGCUUUUACUUCUGAUAUGAUUCCUCGUCUUGUAUAUAGACUAUAUUAUUCCCCAGACUAUUCCUUAGAUGGAUUUGUUGAAUACACUUUAUCACGUUUCAACACGUCUCAUUUUAAUGUUGAUGUCAGACCCAUGCCAUUAGUUUUACCUGGCACAAAUCAAACAGUUAAUGUAUCCGUAUGUAGAUAUCGUGAUCAUAGAAGUCCACCAGAAUCUCCAGACAGAUAUGAAUUCAAUUUAGAAUAUUGGCAUUUACUUGCAUGGCGUUUCGGAUUUGUCUUGAUAUUUGAAAGCAUUGUUUUGAUGAUCACAACCCUAACUCGAUGGCUGAUACCAGAUAUCCCAAAGAAACUAAUGGAAAGAAUACGACAUGAAAACUUCAUUACUAAUGAAAUAAUGAUUGCUCAAGAAUUAAAGCGUGCAAAAGGUCUUUCUUCAAUACCAGAAGAAAAGAGUAAUUGUGAUCACGCCAAUUCUUACUCUUCCUACAGCAAUCCUAUCAUAAGAGAAGAACUUAUUUGAUGCAAAUUAAAAUUAGCUCAAUUUUUUAAGCUUGUUUUUAAUUCAUAACCUUAAGGCAGUGAUAUGGUUGCACCAAAAGUUCACAAGAGGUUGAAUUUCUCUAGGUAUCUAUUCUGUAUACUGCAGCAUAUGUUAAUAUAGAACUGUUGAAAAUGUAUUUCGUUUUUAAGGAUAUAUAACAAGUAUGUUCACCAAUUUUCUUACGUGUUUUAGUUUAAUUAUUCUUUUUUUAAUUUAUUGUUUUAAUAACUACACAUCUGCCUUAAGAUUUUUAAUGUGAAACAAAAUGUAAUAUCUGUGAUGUAAUAUUCAUCAGAGAAUAUACAAUUUAUUUUAAUCAAAGAGUUAAUGUACUCUAUUAAUAUUUAUUUUUAUAGUAGUAUCUACUGAAGAAUAAUGACAUAAAUAUUACAUCAAAAACUUUAAAUUGCACAGUUAUUGUACAUUUUUAUGGAUAAUGUAAAAUGUUAAAUUUUUGUUAGUUAUUAUUUUACUGAAUUUUACUUUUGUUAAAUAAGUUAUACAUAACUAUUUAAGAUAAUUUUUAAUAUAUAAUUGUUUGGAAAUGUUUUUAAUAUAUUUAUUUUCAGUACUUACUAUGUAAAUUUCUGUUCCUGUUUUCAAAUGUAUUGUUUUCAAUUUAUUGCCAUAUUAGAUAGCCUUUAAUGUGAAUUGCUAAUUUUGAUGAAAAUUUAAGUGGAACUAAGCAAUAUAGUGUGUUGAAUUAUAUUUGUGUGCUGUGUUAAGUAAAGCUUUUAUUUUGAAUGUUUCAUGUAAAUUUAUAGAAUUAAGCUGUGUAUUGCAAUUGCAUCUGCCUUGCCACAAAGUGUGUUAUAUGAGUGCAUCUUCAGAGCUUAUUUGUGUUGCAUAUAAUUUCACGUGAAAAAUGUUCGAGAAAUUAUUUUAAUGUAAUCACAUUUUAUCUUUCUAACAGUUCAAUUUGCUAACAGAAUUAUUUUCUCAAUGGUCACAUUUUUAUAUUGCACAUCUCUGAUGCAACACUGAAAUAAUAAUUGCCUUUUGAGUGUUUUGCACUGCUUUGCAUCUGCCUUGCCACAAAGUGUGUUAUAUGAGUGCAUCUUCAGAGCUUAUUUGUGUUGCAUAUAAUUUCACGUGAAAAAUGUUCGAGAAAUUAUUUUAAUGUAAUCACAUUUUAUCUUUCUAACAGUCCAAUUUGCUAACAGAAUUAUUUUCUCAAUGGUCACAUUUUUAUAUUGCACAUCUGUGAUGCAACACUGAAAUAAUAAUUGCCUUUUGAGUGUUUUGCACUGGCCAGAAGCUUAUUGAUAAAAUUUAUUUUUAUAAAUAGCAAUAUUUUAUCUCACAAUUAAUCUUAUUUGCUAACAUAUUUAUUUUGCGUAUGCUUACAUUUUUAUAUUGCAUAUCUGUGAUGCUUCAUUGAAAUAAUAGUUGCCUUUUGCACUAUUCUAAAGCUUAUUUUUACUUCCAAUCAAUCAAAGUAACUGUUAUAAGUGCAAUACCAAUAAAAUAAUAAAUGAAAACUAUGAAUCCACUAAAAGAUCUGUUAUUUUAUGUGUUCUUCCUUGCUCAAGAAAUUAAGGUGCAUUUUUUGUCUUGAUGUCAUGUGUUAUCAUUUUUUAAACAAAUUAAAAAUAGUCUUUCUAAAUAAUCAUACCUUUUUUUUAUCGUAUGUUUAAUUAUCAUGUUUUCGAGAUUUUUUAACAUGUUCUCAAAACCACCUCUUAAAUUUUUAGUAUAGAAAUGAAAACUUUUCCUGUGUUAAAUUCCAAAUGAAUCUGUUUUGAUAUUUUACUGUGAUGCUUAUAUUUUUAAAUGAUUCUCGUGUAAAAGUACAAUAUAUACUUUAUGAAAUUUUUAGAUAUUUCAAAAUAAAAAUGCAUUUGAUGAAAA